AUGGGUAGUGCGCUAAGCAUGACCAAAGAAGGAGCAGCCGCAGACGUAGACAAGCAAGAGCCCUCCAAGAUCACAGGGUCUGCCCCAGUCUCGGCUAGGGAUGUAUUGCCUGGUCUUAGAAUAAACACGGGGCGCCCUGCAAAAGGUGUGGACGAGGCCCGUGGAGUUAUCCAGCUUCUUAGCACAGCUGGUAUACCGGCUUGCGUCGUUGGUGUCCAUGCCUUGCGUUACUACGGUGCCGCAAGAGUUUCAUGGGAAUGGGAUAUCUGUGUCCCGCACCAUCAACUCAAGGAUGCGGAGCAUCUCUUUGCCGAGAACGAUCAAUACGAGCCCGCCGAGCCGCCUCAUCUUGUGUGGGACACUUUACGCCACCUUUACCCCAUCUUCAAGGUGAAGAGCGUUGGCUUCUUUUUCAUUCUUACACCCUCAUCGCAGUACUUUAUCGAUCCCCGACCUGAGAACUGCGAGGUUAGCAUGAAGGGCAUCCUCUAUCCCAAGAUGUCGUGCUUUGCCCGGGCGUUACUGGUUUCGCAGAAUCGUGCUGACGUAGCCGACUUUAUCGAUGGUAUGGACUUGGACGAGGCAUGGGGAGAGGAGAAUAUCGACUUUGGCGACUUGCAGGUAAAAGGACUUGAGUUCUCUGCAGCUCUAAAUGUGGAGCUGCGGGCUAGGAAUAUGAUCCCGCUCAACAUGAAUAUUGAUUAUCGGAGCGAGUGGAACCGUAUCGUCGGGAAUAAGAAUAAGCGUAUCGAGCCGAUGAAACAGGGCAGAUAUAAAACUCGUUGGCGGAGGAUCAAGAACGAUAUAGAUCCUAGAGAAAGGGGCAUAUUCUAA